UUUAUACUCACUUUCUUAACGUUACUUUUGAUUGUCUAACUAAGAUAGUGAACAUGAAGGAUGAUGGCAUUUAUAAAGGUCCAUUUAUUGGCACCAGGCAUAUUCAAUUUGUAUUUCUGGCAUUUGUUGGAUUUUUGGCGUACUCUACAAGAUUUGGAUUUUCCAUAUCUUUGCUGGCAAUGACGCAAAAUUCUUCGUCAAAUCCUGAUAUACCCUAUUACAAUUGGACAAAUAAAAGCUUCAUCCUUUCUACGUUUUUCUGGGGUUACGUGUUACCCCAAAUAGCAGUCGGUAUUUUGGGUACCAAGUUUGGUAUCAAGAACUUAAUUUUAGUGGCAGUUUUUAUAAAUUCCCUAUGCAUGUUUAUAAUUCCGACCAUUGCCGUUCAUUUUGGUUCCCAAGGAGUUAUGGUUUGCAGGAUAUUGCAAGGAAUUGCCCAAGGAUUUAUGGUACCCUCCAUACAUGGUGCUAUUGGAAAAUGGGCACUGCCUAAGGAACGAUGUAGGGUUUAUGCUUUUAUAAGUACAGGUUAUCUUGUGGGUUACGGAGUAGGUGUGGUAACAGCAGGAUAUAUUUGCGCAUCAUGGGCAGGCUGGCCUUUAUCCUUCUAUUUACUGCCGUCAACGGGCUUUCUAUGGGUGAUUCUGUAUUAUUUCUUUGGAGCUGCAAGUCCAGCUACACAUAAGACUAUAACAGAGGCUGAACGAAAUUAUCUACAGACGUCUUUGAUGUCCCAGAAUAUUCGUAACGUUACUAUACCAUAUCGUGCAAUUCUCACUUCACCAGCAUUUUGGGCGCAGGCGAUUAUGGCUUUAUGCAGUGGUUGGGGGUACAGCAUAAUAGUAACGGAAAUGCCCAUAUACAUGGACAAAGUUUUGAAAUUUAAUAUACAAUCGAAUGGUUUAGUAUCUGCCCUUUCAUCUAUUAACCUUCUGUUGACCGUUAACGGUUCUGCAAUUGUCGCAGAUUAUUUGGUGGAGCACAAUUAUUUGACUAUAGGCCAUACGCGAAAGCUAAUGUCUAGUUUAGGGGCAUUUGGAUGUGCAGUUUUAAUGAUGAUUUUCAUUUACUUACCCGAUCACAGUAAUACUCUGUUUGUGGUGACAUUGGUGGCAAUAAAUGGAGUGCGCUCCUUCAGCACAGGAGGAUUUAGCAUAAACCAUCUAGAUUAUGCGCCAAAUUUUGCCGCAGCUGUCAUGGGAAUAAUAAAUACAUGCGCUGAACUCUUUUCCUUCAUCACACCAAUGGCUACCCAGUAUAUUGUUUACGAUGAGAGUGACAGAAGCCUGUGGAGAAUAGUCUUCAUCACAGCUGCAUGUCUGUACGUGGUUUCUAUUUGUUUUUACCUGGUUUUCGCAUCAGGAGAAGUGCAGCCUUGGAAUCACACUCCAGUGGAACCUCUAGUUGAAAAUUCGAACAUAAAAGAAGAAUAUGAAUCUGAAAUAAAAUUACUUGUUUAAUUAAAUUAAUUAUUAUUUG